UGUUCCUGUUUCGACACAGCACUGGCUUACAGUGUUAACGACGCCUGACAGUCGUGAGUGAGCACUGCUCUCUUAUUGUAAGGGUUUAAGAGAUAUACGAGCUUAGCUAACUAACUCUUUCUCAACUUUAAAUUAAGUAAUUUAUUUAAGAUUCUUCCGUUUGCUAAGUGCGUAUAUCUCCUUCGGACAUUCGUUGUCAUCAAGCUGCCAUUAUGGAUCAGGUAGACGUCGUCGCAGAAGAAAUAAAGAGCCCGUGGGGUACUGUAAAUGUGACCCCGACCCCUUGUUCCCUGACAGAUGUGAUGAGUGAACAGCUGGCCAAGCAGCUACAUGAGGAAUACAGCUCCUUCCUCACCUGCCCCGAUGACUUGGACCUUGCCAGUAUACAGCAGGAGACGGAAACAUCCAGUGACCUGAUGCUGGCUCAGAUGCUUCAGAUGGAGUUUGAUAGGGAGUUUGACACACAGUUGCGCAGAGAAGAAAAGAAGUUCAACGGAGAGAGUAAAGUGUCGAUUUCCUUUGAAAACUACCGCAUGGUUCACCCAUUUGAGGACAGUGACAGCUCUGAUGAUGAAGUAGAUUGGCAGGACACGCGCCAUGACCCUUAUCGCCUUGAAAAGCCAACCACUACACCAAAGAAGGGUUUUGCAGGGAAAGGCAAGAACAUUACCACGAAACAUGACGAGGAGGUCUGCGGACGUAAAAACACCGCACGAAUGGAUAAUUUUGCUCCAGAGGUGCAUGUAGGUGAUGGGAUAGGCAUGGACCUGAAGUUGUCAAAUCCAGUGUACAACUCUCUGAAAAGACACUGUCAAACUGAGCAGAGACGCAGCGCCCGACUUCAUGAGAAAAAGGAGCACUCAACUGCUGAGCAUGCAGUGGACCCCAAGACCAGAUUGCUCAUGUACAAAAUGGUGAAUGCAGGAAUCCUGGAGAACAUUAAUGGAUGUAUCAGCACAGGGAAAGAGUCUGUCGUGUUUCAUGCUGAUGGGGGGAGCUUCGAGGAGAUGCUAAUUCCAGAGGAGUGUGUCCUCAAGGUCUUCAAGACUACGUUGAAUGAAUUCAAGAACCGGGACAAAUACAUUAAGGACGACUACCGCUUUAAAGAGCGUUACAGUAAGCUGAAUCCUCGUAAGAUCAUCCACCUGUGGGCUGAAAAGGAGAUGCACAACCUGACCAGGAUGAAAAAAGCUGGGAUUCCCUGCCCAGAAGUGGUGAUUCUGAAGAAGCAUAUUCUUGUAAUGUCUUUUAUUGGUCAGAACCAUGUGCCAGCUCCUAAGAUAAAAGAUGCCAUGCUAACUUCUGAGGACCUGAAGAAGGCAUAUUACCAAGUACUACAGAUGAUGCAGCAGCUGUUUCAGCAGUGUAACCUUGUUCAUGCUGACCUGAGUGAAUAUAAUAUGCUCUGGCAUGAGGGACAGGUGUGGUUGAUUGAUGUGAGCCAGUCGGUUGAGCCCGCUCACCCUCAUGGUCUGGAGUUUCUGUUCCGAGAUUGCAGGAAUGUAUCUACAUUUUUCCAGAAAGCUGGGGUAACAGAAGCUAUGCAUGUGUAUGAGCUCUUUAACACCGUGUCUGGACUGAAAAUCACGAGUGACAAUGAGGCAGAUUUCUUAGCCCAGAUUCAGGAACUGGAGAAGAUGAAUGAGGACCAUGUCCAAAAGCGAAGCAAGAAGGCCUGUACCAAUACUUGUGAGAAUGGCCCACCUCUGUUAAAUGAGGAUGAUUAACAAUAAGAUAACAUCCAGAAAAAAGGCAGGUUCACAAGUUGACCGGGGUAAAAUGUGAGGAUGUUUAAGUGCAUUACACAGCAUUUUCUGCUGACUAGGCAUCUGAAACACCCAUCUUUACACACCUUCUUUUGAUGGAUUGCUUCAAAUAGCAAGUAAAUGGUGUACUAAUAGAUCAACUAUAUUAGUACACAGCAGCAUCAAAUCUUCCGUUUGAGCACAACCUGUUAUUGAUCAGUGUUGCAAUAUGGGCUAAUAAUGGGACAGAAUGAGAUAUGUGCAACUAGAUUAGUAAAUAUGACACGGUGUCGUAUUUCUCUCUACAUAAAAUACCAGUUAGCAUGAAUCGAAUGCUUAUUUAAAGCAUUUGGUUGGUGCGGAACAUGCUUGAUGCGUUGAUGUUUUCUGAUUUUUGUGGCUUUAUCUUAAUGUUGCUGUAUGCUGGCUUCGUGUAAUAUUUUACAGCUCAUGGAGAAAUGAAUAAACUUUGAAAUUGA